AUAGUCACUUGAACCAAAGUUUGUCUCUUGUCACGGUGUGGACAUAAAUAAACCGCUCCAGGCUUAGGUUGUACGUACAGAGCCCAACAACGAUGAACAUAUCUACAAUCCCUUUACCCUCUCCAUCAAGUCUUUGGGCAACCGUACGCUCGGUUGGCACAUUCAAUGUCGCUUGUUCAUUUGCUGCAUUAUGGGCUUUUGUCAAACUCUCAAGGGCGUUUCGCUGGCGAUUGAAGACGACUCAAUUGCGUGGUCCUCCUCGCACCAGCUUCAUAUAUGGUGUUUCGCACGACCUCGCCUCAUCCCAAGAUAGUGCUGAAAUGUAUGAACGCUGGGCGACAGAAUAUGGGGUUGCGUAUAUGAUUCCGGGUGUCCUAGGACAGACUAGAAUCGUACUGUCCGACCCAAGAGCUAUAGCACAUUUCUACGCCCGAGAGACAUGGACAUAUGUGCUGACGCCCCUUGCAUUGGUACUUAUGGAGGCAUCAAUGGGCCGAGGGCUAUUAUGGUCUCAGGGUGAAGACCACAGGAGGCAGCGGAAGGCCCUCACACCAGCAUUCAGCAAUGCAGCGAUUCGGAAACUCACAUCAGUGUUUUAUGACUCAGCAUACAAAGCCAAAGGUGCAUGGGAUACUGCUAUAGAAUCGAGCAAAGAUGUCGACGCUGUCAUCGAGGUUCAGAACUGGAUGAGUCAUAUAUCUCUGGAUACGAUUGGCAUUGCUGGUUUCUCCCAUGAUUUUGGCUCGCUUGAUGGAAAGCGCGCCAGUGUGACCAAAGUGUUUGAUACUUUCGGGAACAACCAACAGGCCUCAACAGUGAACAAAGUUCUUCGCCUGCUCGCAUCACCAUUUCCUAUCAUCACCAAGAUGCCCACCAAGCGGAGCAAUCUGAUGAAGAAACUUAGCGAAACCAUGGAAGAAAUAUCUAACGAUUUAUUGGUUCGCAGCCGCCGAGAAAAGGACGUGAAUAUGAGCGGGAGAGACGAGGAGAAGUCCAUCAUCGGAUUGUUGAUUAAAUCUGAAGGCCAGGAUGCCGAGCUUCGUAUGUCGAAGGAGGAAGUAGUGGCUCAGAUGAAGACCUUGCUUAUCGCGGGUUAUGAGACGAUAUCCAUCAGUCUUACGUGGGCGCUGAUCGAGCUAUCGCGACACCCCGAUGUCCAAACCAGACUCAGAGAGGAACUGCUUGCGUUUGGCGCUGAUCCGACAUAUGACCAAUUGAAGGCCAGUCUCCCAUACUUGGAUGCCGUUGUCCAUGAAAUUCUGCGCAUCCAUCCUCCGGUGGGAGAGUUCAUUCGUCUUGUGAGUAUGCAUGUCUACAUGCGAAUAGAUAUUCACAAUAGGUCUACAGGCAGCGGCAGAUGACGUUAUUCCCUUGAGUGAACCUGUACGCACGGAGUCCGGGAAAAUGACGGACAGUAUAUCCAUAGGAAAAGGGACAUUUAUCACGAUACCAGGCGCGGCAAUCAAUCGCUCAUCGGCCAUCUGGGGACCUGAUGCAAAGGAAUUCAAGCCUGAUCGUUGGCUCACUGAAGACGGGAUCACUGGGAAGGCCAAGGAAGUCCAAGGUCAUAGGCAUCUACUGACAUUUGUCGACG